AUGAUGAAUCUCCGAUGGGCAUUAUUAACAUUGACUAUUUUCGCUUGGUGGUCCCAUUCCGACGCUGGAAGAUUAGCAAGACCCGACUGCGAGAAAUUUGUUUUUCAUCCACACUGCAGAGGAACGCAAGCUAAAAAACGAGUUAUUGCAGAUCCAACUGGCAUAAACAGUAACAUGAAAGACGGAAACACGGAGAAACUGUGUAUUUGCAAGUACUUGACGAAAAGUGGCAAGAGAGAAUUAUUGGCAGUGACUAAAUUAUUAGAAACAAUGCUUGCUAAUGGUGUCGACGUGAACAUGCUCUAUGACACGUAUUCAAAUAUGGGACUGUUAUCAAAAGAUCAAAAUGAUAAUCUGAGAUCCACGCAUCAUAUAAACCAACUGAGCAGAAGUAGUGAUAAUCUCGAUUAUAACAAACCGGAUAUCGACUUGGAUUACUAA